UCCAACGUAUUAAAAUAUUUGCUGAUAUUGAUCAAGAAUUUAAUUUCUGGACUGAUUUCUGGUGCCUUUUAAAGGCACUGUUGAAACAGCUUAUUUCCCCAUGGGAAGCUGUCUGAGGCCCAGCACCCAGUAACCUCUCAUCCAGUUUUGAAACUAACUUGAAGUCUUUGAGAGCCAAGUGUACAUCUUGUUCCUUGGCGUGGUUUUAUCUGUCUGCAUGGUCUCACCUCCUAGUACAAACGUCACAGCAGAAGAAGAGACGUCCUCCUCACCCCACCAGACCCUCAGCUGGCCAACUAUAGUACUAUUAUAGUUCAAGCAAAGGCUAAUUGUUGGUCACUCACAAAGAGUGCACAGUCCAAGUCUUUGGAUGGUAUUUCUUUCUCUUUUCUACUGUAAGCGAUAUUACGCAGCAAUAUGUGCCUCCUUGCAUUUUUCUGCCACCCUCUAAUGAGCGUUGAUGACUUAGUUUAGAUUCUUUAGUUUUAAUUGGUUUUUAGCUGCUGUUUUUGUUUGUUUUGCCUUCAGAGGGAAACAUGGCACUGCUUGUAGUUUGUGCGCUCCUGUGCCUGUCUUGCUGGGUGUCUUUUUACUUCUUCUUGUGUAAAGUGAAUGGGUCCAGGAGCUACGAAUGGAACUGUCGCCUUGUCACCCUGGUGCACGGCAUCCUGGCAGUUUGCAUCACGACAUAUAUAGGCUAUGUGGAUGGACCCUGGCCUUUCACUCAUCCAGGCACUAAGAACACCCCUCUCCAGAUGAGUGCCAUGGUGUUGAGCUUGGGUUACUUUAUUUUUGAUAUGGCCUGGUGUGUGUACUUCCGCACAGAGGGACCCGUUAUGUUGGCCCACCACACCAUGAGCAUCCUGGGAAUCCUGUUGACCCUGUGGCUGGGGGAGUCAGGCAUCGAAUCCUGUGCAGUACUCUUUGGCAGUGAAAUCACCAACCCCCUCCUGCAGGCACGCUGGUUCCUCAAACAGACAGGACAUUACGGCACUCUGCUGGGGGACAUUGUGGACGUCCUGUUUGUGCUGCUGUUUGUUGUGAUGCGAAUCUUCGUGGGAGGCACAAUGCUGUACUGUGAGCUGAUCUCCCCGAGGCCCAGAUUCUUUAUUAAGUGUGGGGGAGUGGCGAUGUAUGCUCUAUCCUGGGUCUUUAUGGUGGACAUUGUUCGAUUUGCCACGCGGAAGUAUAAGAGCUGGCACAAACAGCAGAAAAACUACCAUCAGAUUGUGGCCGCUAACGGUCAUGAAGAGAAAACAGACUGAUGACUUUUGAGUCUAAAGAAAAUCAACAGUAUGUCUGUGUUUUUACUACAGAUGCUCCAUUGAUAGUACAAGAAAAAAAUCAUUCUCUACGUUAACUUAAGAUUAAAAAGGAUUUUUUUUAAAGAAUAUGCUAUGUUAUAUGUCUGUUAAGCUUAAAAUGUGUGCAUUUUUUAAAAACUUUACUUUGUGUGCAGUUGUUGCACCUAAACACACCAGAAUAUUACUUAAAAGGUGCAGCUAACAACAAACGUCGUUUACGUCACUGAAAACCAAAGCACUUUCUAAAGACACACGUUGCUUUCAGCUGCAGCGAACUGCGGCCUCGUCAUGUGUGGUGGUGCUGCUCCAAAGAGGAGUUCACUACUUUGAAAGAGACAGUUUACAUGUUGGGCCUGGGGUGCCUGUCAAACAUUUUUAGAAAUAGCAAAAAAUCUUGGGACUGGGGUCCUAGUGGAACUUCCUUUUUUGUUUCUUUUUCCUUUUUAUUUUUGAUGCAUGACAAACUUUGAGCAGAUUUGAAAGGUUUACUCAGGGAAAGGUGGGAAAACCAGAAAGUAGAGAAAACUGUCAUGUGUUUAAUUACUUUUUAAUGUAAGCUUUUUACCUGCUGUCUGAAAUCCUUAUGCAGAGGUUACUCCAAAAGAGCAGCUUUUAGUUCUCUUGUGUAAAUGAUUACAGUUUAAGCAAAGAAACCUGGUAAACAUUCAACAACUCAGACUUUGCCGUCAAUUUUUAAAUUUGCAUAAACUAUCUCUAUUUCACUAUCUUGAAAUGGUUGUUGAGAGUCUACCAGGUUUCAAGUAUCUGACUAUUUGAGUUUCAUUGGGAUUUGUUAAAAGUUUCAGUCUCACAGAGAUUGUGUCUGAUAUUAUUUACAGUAGAAAAUGUUAAAUGUCCACUUCAUUUGCUAAAACGCUGAGACAAACAGCUUCUGUCGACCAUCACAAGUGAUGUGAAUAAAAUGCUUGAGCCUACUGCAUCAUCCCAUGCCAAGAAAGUUCCCAAACCCCUAGUUUUGUUUCAUUCAGAUGUAAUAAUUGGUCACUUUUUGCACCAGAAUUUCUACUGCAAUGUGCUAAAAUGUGCAUAAUUCCUCAAGGUUUUGUCGUGACAUGUCCCUCUGCAUCCUUAAUUGUUUUGCAGUGGCAGUGCAAGAGUUAUAGGUGCUUAGGUUUUAUUGCCCUAACUGACUUAAAUGGCUGGACUUAUGAAAUUGUGGAUAAAAUAUGCCUAUUGUGGCUUGCAGGGGAGAACAUCAGACUUCCUGAUAGUCAUCGUAGUUUUACUCCUUUUUUAUAAUUUGUACCAUUGACUGGUUGUUUAAUAAUGCACCAUCUUAUUUUUCAAAGCAUUGGUUUAAAAAGCUGAUUUGUGGCACAAAUUGGGAGCUGUUCCAGAAUUAUUGUGGAUUAACAUAAUUUUUGUGACUUUUGUUACUAAAAAUGCACAUAUACACUGCCUGCACUGAUUACAGUAGCAUAAUUUCUUACACAACACCAAAGUUUACCAAAAGCCACACAAGCUGUUGAAGAUUCACACAGGGCACAGUUUAAAAAAUCACUGCUGGCAGCAUAAGUAAAAAAAAAAAAAAAAAAGAAAAUUGCUCAAUGGUUUUGUUCAAUUACAACUGUUCACAAACUCAACAAAAGAAAAAAAAAUCCACUUUCAUUGCAAGUUUAAAAGAUGAACACCUAAUUAUGAUCUAACCCAUCUUGUUGAGCUGUAAUAUAAAUAAUUGUUUUGAAAGUUAAGGGAUAUUUUUUUAUAAAAGCAACUGGGAGCCCUUAGAGAGUGUAGACCUCGGCCAAGCCGUUGUAAUUGUUUUUGCCAAUGAUUGUGGGCAUUAUUUUUAGAAGCUCUAAUGGCAAAAUGAUCCCUAUAUCCUUAUAGUAACGAAUCCCUAAAAAAAAUUCUGGAUCCAGGCAGUGAUCAGGAUCACCCCCAAAAUCUAAUCCUGUGUUCCUUAUUCUGUUCCCACAAUCCAUCCAUAACAUUUAGAGUUAUGUUGCUAACAGACAGACAAACCAGCGCCACUGAAUACAUGACCUCCGCCUUCCUGGAGGUAAUUACUCAUCAGUAAAAAUUGGAAGAAAGCGGUACAGCCAGGAGACUGGUGGUCUUCCUGCAAAAACACCUGGGAUGCUUUUUUCACAGCUUUGCAGGUGCAGCCGAUGAAAGCUCCUAUGCUUUGGAUGAUGCACAAGUACUGUUUACCUCACUGCCACUGUAAAAGAAAAAAAAUCUGUGUGCAUAAAAAAGUAUAAAUCUAACUUGUGUGUGCCUUAGUUAUAUGAAUAUAUCUUUUUUUACUUUUAUUUUUUCUAUAAACUUUUUAACACACUUCUGGUCCGAAGGCAACUUUUGUUUUGGGGUUUCUUUGAUAUCCUUUGUAAACCCUAUUUAAAACAAAGUUAAAUAAAAUCAAAUAAAAAUAGAAUGUG